CCAGUCAGUCUCAUUCUUUUUUUUUUUUGUUUGUUUGUUUGUUUGUUUUUUCUCCUGGAUGGCAUCAGUUGACACAGAGGAAGACAUCAGCAGAAACUGAUCUGGUCAAAGAAGAUGCUUCAUCAAAUAUUCAGCUCCCAAACUCUUUCCACUUUGCUUUCUUUUUGGCCAUACCAAAAUGAUAAAGUUCAAGAUUUCAGGAAUUUGGACAGCAGAUGAUGGAGAAACGUCGGGAACAAAGUAAAGGUUUAAAGAAGGCCUCUCGGCCUGGGGCAGGACUGGGAGCUAUGGGUAAUCUGGUAGGUGGAAAUAUGGUUGGAGGUGCCAAAAUGGGAGGCCUUGAGGGCAACAUGCAUGGUCCACGCAUCACAAUCCUUGUUCGUGAAUUUGAAGACUUUGAAAACUAUGUUGGUGAUGUUGCACGCUCCUUUUUCCGCCAGAGACCGGAGUUGCCCUUCCUUGCUGUAGCCGAAAGUCCACCAUACCCUCCUCUGGCUCUUCCAGUGGGAGGUCGCCUCCUGGUAUUGUCACCGAGCCCUGACCAGCCUCCACAAACUCACCGUCCGGAGUUCAAUGUACAGACAGAGUUUGCUUUGUUGGUCCCAGAUGGCAUGGAGCUGGACCACGGCCGACAAAUUGAGCGUCUCAUUCGGGAGCUGGAAGGGGAAGGUGGCGGGCCGGUACGACUUGUUGCUGCCCCUGUGCUGACCCGCUCGGCGGUGCAGUGCCUGCACCUUCGUGUGAAUCUGCGGGAAUGGACUGCGACCUACACCCCUGCGGCCUCAGGGAGCAGCGGUAGCGUCUGCACAGCCCUGCAGGGAGAUGCAGUGGUUCUUAUCCGCACUGAGGACCUCUUCAAUCUCUCAGUUCCCUUAGGGCGCCCCCUCAUGUCUUCCUUGUUUGUCCAAACUUCUCUGCGUGGCUGGAAGGUCAAGCUCCUGGAGGGACUUUCGUUCUCUGCAAGCCAUCGGCCACUAUUUAGCUCAGCGCACAACCAGUGGAAGGCAGACAGUCGCCUGAAAGACUCCACCGAUCACCUCAUGCAUAGCUUCGGCCUAAAGCACGUGGUGCUGCCUGAUGAUCAGCAUCAGUGGUUUGGCUGCAGUAAAGAGACUCCACGAUGUUUCGGCACAGUGCUUGACGACACACCGGAAUACCUCUACAUAGAGCGCUGGACUCCACCUUGCUGCUUGCGUGCCCUCCGAGAGACCACUAAAUAUGUUAUCAAUAUCUUGAAGAGCUCUGGCAUACGUUACUGGCUGGAAGGGGGUUCCUUGUUGGGAGCAGCCCGACACCAGGACAUAAUCCCAUGGGACUACGACGUGGACUUGGGCAUCUACUUGGCGGACGUUCCGAAUUGCGACUACCUAAAGAACCUAGACUCUGGCUCACUGGUGGAUGCUAACGGCUAUGUCUGGGAGCGAGCGGUUGAAGGCGACUUCUACCGUGUGCAGUAUAGUGAAGCCAACCAUUUGCAUGUGGACUUGUGGCCCUUCUACCCUUGCAAUGGCGUUAUGACCAGGGACACUUGGACUGAGCACAAACAAGACGUGGAGUUCCCAGAGCAUUUUUUGCAACCCCUGGUACCAAUGCAGUUUGCCGGCAUCACUGCUUACGGUCCGAACAACCACCGUGCCUUCUUGGAACUCAAGUUUGGGGAAGGAGUUAUUGAGAACCCCCAGUAUCCAAACCCUGCCAAGAAAAGACUGGACAGGAGUCGCACGUUAGUAUCGUAGCAAGCAGUUACUCGAUGUGCCACAAUUAUGCAACACUGUUUUUCUAUUGCAAUAAUAGAAGUAAUACUAUCAGACUGAAGGUUUUGAACUGUAUCGGAUCACAUGAAUGUUAAUAUUUAUUGCCAAUUUUAUUUAUUGUAUGUGUGUGUUGUGGUUUGGGGAGUCACAAGUCUCAAAAGUAGUCUAAACACACUGUAUGUAACAAUGGUAUGAAAAGUUCUAAAUGUAUAAGUAUGUAAUAUUUCACACUGCAUUAUCCAAGAAAAUUACAAAGGUUAAAUCUUUUUUUUGUUAUAGAUGAAUAUUAAUAUAUUGGUUUCAGUAACAAUUAAACACUAAACAAAAGUUAGAAUUUUUAAACUGAUUGCCAGAGAAACAACAGUUUUAAAGAGUCUAUAUCACCAAUUGCAUUAGUGCAUAAUUUACAGUAAGUGCUGGCAUUUAGAAAACUGAUUCAUGUUUGUAGGUCCUCAAGUUAAGCACUUAAUAAACAAGACCGGCAUUAAAACUUGAAAGGACUUAACUGCUUUUCAACUUAGUGGUCUUUAUUAGACCACAAUGAACUUUGUAGAGUGUAGGAUGUUUUUUGUUGAUAUAUGGUGACUGGUGUAUGCUGAUACUGAAAUGUCCUUUUAACAUUUUUUAUUAUUUUUUUGGCAAAUUUUAAAUGGUUUUCCUUUGGAAAUGGAAAUAAAAAUGCCAUUGAAAAGAAGCUACAGUCUUAUGCACAUAUGUGACCCUGGACCACAAAACCAGUCUUAAGUCUCUGGAGUAUAUUUUUAGCAGAAGCCAAAAAACCAUUGUAUGGGUCAAAAUUUUCGAUUUUUCUUUUAUGCCAAAAAUCAUUAGGAUAUUAAGUAAAGAUCUUGUUCCAUGCAGAUAUUUUGUUAA